AAAUGUGCUGAAGUUAUAAAAUUUUGUAAGCUGUGAAGUGAAAUUGACAUAAAAUUCCAAUGGUCACAAAACACGCCUCACAUCAUAUUUUGCGAUUAAAACAAAUCAAUAAAAGAUUAUAUUAUGCGGAAUAUAGUCUGUUCAGACAAUCAAGCCUUACUAUAUGAUUGUGAUAACAGAAGCGGCUACAACAAAUGCAGUACACAUGCGCAGCAGCAACCUCCAUUAUAUCAAAUGCCAAACCAAUCAAAUAUCGACCGCAUAAAUACAACUGACACAGUGGAAUACGCUCUGUCGAAAGGAAAAGCAACCGAAGUUAGUUCGAGAAACAACGUAAACAAUUACUGUGGUAGUGAAUUAUAUUCAGAUUGUAAAAGUUUGAAAAAAUCAGCUGAUUCAGAUACAAAAAAAAUGAGUACCGAAACAAGUCAUCGUGAUCGUUUGGGAUUUUGGGGUAAUGAUUCUGAAGUGGCUGCAGCAAUAAGUGGAUUAGAUCGUUUACGCUUGUCCCGUUAUAAUAAGGGCUUAGCGUUCACACGAGAAGAACGACAACUGCUGGGAGUUCAUGGAUUCUUGCCAGCUGUGGUGAAGAGCGCAGAAGAACAAGUUAAACAUUGUAUUAUUUUGUUAAACCGCUAUGAAAAUGAUUUAGAUAAAUUUGUGUAUCUAAUGGGUCUAUACGAUCGCAAUGAACGCCUGUUCUUUCGUGUGCUUACAUCUGACAUUGGUAGUAUGAUGCCACUAGUCUACACGCCAACAGUUGGUCUUGCCUGUCAAAAGUACAGUUUAAUCUACCAAUAUCCAAAGGGACUUUUCAUUUCGAUUCACGAUAAAGGACACAUAUACGAUGUUUUGAAAAACUGGCCGGAAACUGAUGUACGAGCAAUUGUUGUAACUGACGGUGAAAGAAUUUUAGGUUUGGGUGAUUUAGGAGCAAAUGGAAUGGGAAUCCCAGUGGGCAAAUUGUCAUUAUAUACUGCUUUGGCUGGUAUAAAACCCCAUCAAUGCUUACCGAUAACUUUGGAUGUCGGAACAAAUACACAAAGUAUUUUGGAAGAUCCACUUUAUAUUGGAUUGCGUCAAAGACGAGUUACUGGUAAAGAGUAUGAAGAUUUCAUCGAAGAGUUCAUGCAGGCAGUUGUAAAGCGCUUUGGUCAAAAUUGCUUAAUUCAAUUUGAAGAUUUUGGAAACGCCAAUGCUUUCCAUCUAUUAAAUAAGUACCGAGACAGCUACUGCACAUUCAAUGAUGAUAUACAAGGCACGGCAUCAGUUGCAUUAGCCGGCGUUCUAGCAUCGUUAAAGUCAACUGGUACACAAUUGAAAGAAAACACCAUUCUAUUUCAAGGUGCUGGAGAAGCUGCUUUAGGAAUUGCCAACUUAUGCGUAAUGGCAAUGUGUAAAGAAGGUUUAACUAGAGAAGAAGCUGUGAAACAUGUAUGGUUAGUUGAUAGUAAAGGUUUGAUUGUCAAAGAUCGUCCAAAAGGGGGAAUCAAUGAGCACAAGGCUCACUUUGCCCAUGAACAUGAGCCAGUAAAUACAUUAGCUGAAGCAGUUGAUCAAAUUAAACCAACUAUUUUAAUCGGAGCAGCUGCAAUCGCUGGUGCUUUUACUCCUGAAAUUUUAGCAAAAAUGGCAGAACUAAACGCAAAACCAGUUAUUUUCGCUUUAUCAAAUCCAACUAGCAAAGCUGAAUGUACUGCUUUGGAUGCAUAUACUUACACCAAUGGUAAAUGCAUUUUUGCGUCGGGUUCACCAUUUCCACCUGUUGAAUAUAUGGGAAAAACAUAUUAUCCAGGCCAAGGAAACAACUCCUAUAUUUUCCCUGGUGUUGCAUUGGGAGUGAUUUGUGCUGGAGCAUCAAUAAUUCCUGAGGACAUAUUCCUUGUAUCUGCUGAAAGAUUGGCCAACUUGGUAACUGAUGCUGAUUUAGAUGUCGGUAGCUUGUACCCACCACUUGACACCAUUCGUGACUGUUCAAUGAAAAUUGCAGUAUCGGUUAUGAAUUAUACGUUUGAGAAAGGACUUGCAAGUGUUCGUCCUGAACCAGAGAAUAAAGAAGAAUUCAUCAGUUCACAGACCUAUGAUCUUAACUAUCCCUCUGCAAUUCCGUGCACUUACGCUUGGCCAAAACUAUAAAAUUUUCAACUUAUCUUACUAUUUAAAUUUUGCUCAAAGCUGGGAAAAACGGUGGUGUUUUGGAGACUUGAACAAAAAAAUCAAAAUGGCGUUCAAUAGGACCAGAUAAUAAUUUAUUUUUACUUCUAUUUAAUUUUUUAUUCCAACUGAAAUGGAUCUGUAAUUCUUUAUUAAAAAUGAUUGCUGGUUAAAGGGUGUUUAAUUUUGUUACAAA